AUUCCUGCAAUUUGGCAGCGUCGAAUGGAGACUGUUCUUCAAAGUUUGUCAAAUGUAAUAAACUUUUUUGACGACAUUAUUGUUUUCACAGACAGUUUCGAAAACCUGCUGACGGCUCUCACAGCAGUUUUCGAAAGACUAAAACAUCACCGUUUACGUUUAAAUCGUACUAAAUGUAUUUUCGCCACUACGGCCUUGGAGUGCUUGGGUCAUAAAAUUGAUGCAAGUGGAUUGCAUAAAUCAGAUAAACACAUAGCAGCUGUACGAGAUGCACCUCGUCCUUCGAAUCUGGAUGAACUUCAACUGUUUUUGGGAAAAGCAACGUACUAUAAUUCGUUCAUUUCCAAUCUUUCUGCACGAUCCUGUUGUUUACGAGAUAUGUUACUGAAGGAUAGUUUUGAGUGGAAUCCUGAACGGGUUGCAGCGUACGAAGACAUCAAAUCAGCUUCAGUAUCCCCGAAGGUGCUUAUGCAGUACGAUCCAGCUCUUCACUUGCUUUUAGCCACAGAUGCCAGCAAAAGUGGUUUAGGGGCAGUCCUUUCGCAUCGACUAUCAAACGGUUUAGAACGUCCGAUAGCCUUCGCCAGUCGAUCAAUGUCUCCCACUGAGCAACGGUAUCCCCAGAUUGACAAAUUGGCCCUUGCUAUCGUGUGGGCGGUUGAAAAAUUCUUUUACUACCUCUACGCUCGACAGUUUAGUCUAAUCACCGAUCACAAGCCGUUGACUCAAAUUUUGAAUCCUACGAAAUCGCUUCCUACCCUGUGUAUCAGCAGAAUGGAAAAUUAUGCUGAUUAUUUGUCAAAUUUCAAUUUUGAGGUUGUGUACAAAUCUACGAAAAAAAAAUGUAAAUGCAGAUUACUGCUCUCGAAUUAAGCGAAACGACGAUGGUGUUAAAAAUUUGUGUCUUCGUGAGGGAAGAAGUAUUGGUGCGGACGAAUUCGAAAUCUUUGUUUUGCAUCAAAUCGCACAACUACCGAUAAAUGCUGAGCAAAUAGCCCGAGAAACACGCAAAGAUCCUAGUCUUGGUAAAAUUGUUCAAUUGUUAGAAGCCGGUACCGAUUUAUUGCGAGCUGGAUACAAAGCCCCAGAAGUGAAGUAUUCGCUCGCUGCUAAUUGUUUACUGUUCGAGCAUAGGGUGGUGAUACCAUCAGUUUUUCGUCAGUCUGUAUUGAAUGAUCUCCAUGUACCACAUAUAGGGAUUGUCAAAAUGGAAGGGCUCGCUCGUUCGUUUGUUUACUUGCCCGGAAUUGAUGCGGACAUCGAAAAACAAGUAAAAUCGUGUUCUCAGUGUUCUCGUCAGGCUCAUGCUCCACCGAAAUUUAGUGAACAUCAUUGGCAGUAUCCCAAAGGUCCUUGGGAAAGAAUACAUAUUGAUUAUGCAGGUCCGGUAGCAGGUUCAAUGUUGCUGAUCGUAGUCGAUUCGUAUAGCAAAUGGUUGGAAGUAAAGGUAACCCAAUCAACCACAACAGCAGCAACAAUUGGAAUUAUGGACGAGUUGUUUUCAAGUUUCGGAGUGCCUAGAAGUGGAGUGAAAUAUCAUAAGCUUUCGGCGCCGUAUCACCCUGCAACAAAUGGUCAAGCGGAGCGGUACGUUCAAACGACGAAGGACGCUUUAAAAGCGAUGGGAACUACAGCAUCAACGUUGCAGUCAAACCUGAAUAUUUUUCUACAGAUGUACCGUUUAGCUCCACAUGCGACGACUGGGGAUGCACCGUCGAAAUUGUUUCUAGGGCGAAUUCUCAGAACGCGUUUGGAUCUUCUGAAACCUAAAAAUCUUCAGCAACGAAUCGUAACGAAACAGCAAGCCAAUUUCCAACCAUCAUUUCGUGUAUUCUCUGCAGGUCAACCAGUUUAUAUUCUCUCUGGUAAUUGUCGUAUGGACAAGUGGAUUCCUGGUGUAGUGACAGCUAAAUUGGGAGACUUGCACUACGAAAUCGAAUACGCUGGUAAACGGUUUAGGCGUCACAUCGAUCAGAUACGUUUCCGGCACGAAUCUAAAGAACAUCAGAUCAGCUCAGAGGCGAAUUCUUGUCAGCAGAAUGUACCAAAACGUAUUCAUUUCUACGGUAGUAACGUGACAGUUCCAGUGAUACCAUCGACGCCAAACAACACAGGGACAGCUUCGACCAAUGACGACUCACCGCAGUUUCACACACCGGCAGGUAGCCCUGGUCUUCCAGGAACAAGCCCUUCUUCGUUCAUCGUUCGUCGUUCGACAAGAGACCGCCAUCCUCCAUGCAGAUACUCGCCUUAGGUGAUCCAUUCCGAAAGGAGAGAAGAAAUGUUGUGUAUGUAGCUUUUUUAGAACAAGUGAAUUUAAAUUCCCCUGGCAUCACUGCCUCUCAGUUAAUGUACACUUGAAACGAUUUUAUAUCCGAGAUCCCUGAUACACAAUACACUCCAAACACAUUACUUCAGCUGCGCAAACACAUUACUUCAGCAGCGCACGCACACGCACUUCCGGGCUCUUCCGGGCUUCUUCAUCUUGAUCAGACUGCUCCUUCUUUUUUGCCUCCAUCAAUUCAAUAUAUCGGCUUUAUGGAUUGCGAGCGUAAAGGAUCAACGACUAGCAAAGCAAAGGAAAGCCUUGGUACUACAUUCUGACUCGGAGCUCGCUACGGUCCUACUGACACUAACAGCAAAAACAUCAUAUCAAGAAGACUAGGAACUCUGCCUGAGAUUGAGCGACAGCUUAGGCAGCGCAGCCUUUCGAGUAAAAGUGGAACUGACGCAUGCUAGUGUGUGUGCUGGCGAUGCGAAUGCAAGCCGAACGCACAGGUUGGACCUUCACAUACGUCCACUCUGUCUUCGCAGCGACGCAAACUUCCACCUUCAAUAGAGGGAGUGCGCUGUUUAAUUUGACGCUUGUCAUUUGUAUGGGAUCGAUGCAGAGAUGCCAGUCUUCUUGAUAUGAUGUUUUUGCUAACAGUCUCUCCUGAGCCGAGACUCGAACCUACGACGACUGGCUCGUUAGGCCAGCAUCGUACCUCGAGACCAACUGGGAGAUGGGGAUCAAGAACUAAGUGAUAUCAAUUUCGUCUACUCCACCAGCAUCUUGUACUGCUGCAUCGUAUACCAAGCGCUGUGCUACAAGGCUUUCCUAUUCCAGAUUCACGACUAGGUAACCCAACAUGGCAUUGCCAUGAACCUAAUAGAAUCAAAAUCUUCUUUAUAUUCACGGUCGAGUUAGGAAGGUUCUUGCCUGAACCGGCUAUCAGAUCUCUCCAAAAUGUAUCAAGGCGCUUCUGACUACGGCGGUAAGAGGUCAGAAAUGUCUUCAUCGAAUGCAUAAGGCCUGUACUCGAAACAAUGCACCUUUUUAUCCGUGUGUAACUUUUUUGUCCGUGGGAAAAGGUGAUGAAAAGCUGGGUAUAACCACAUCUCUGUCACGAACGUCAUCCCCAUACAUUUCGCUUGAAGCCGUUUUUCUCUGGCUCUCUGGCUCGAUUAUACGUCAUAAGGCUGUCAGUGCUUGCGAAACAGCCGAUUAAGCACCGUCCAUGCGAGAUCAACUGUUUCUGCAAGUGGUGUGAAGAAAUGCAGAAAGCGAAAAACGAUUGUUUUGUUUUGAACAUUUUAUGGAUUUUGUGUAGGACAUAAAUGGUCACGUUCAAACAUGUUUCAACACGUUCCGGAUAGCCCUACAUUCAAUAUAGUAAAAAGCACGCAAAAAAUCCGUACAGUAACACAUGCGGCACAUUGAACGGAGCUUAUGACCAUAUUUCCAACAGUAGCGCCAUCAUCAUCGACGGCGGCUUCAGGAAACUGUUGCCAUGACAUCGGUCUGGGUAUAACAGGUUUGGAGUGUAUUAUUUACAUGUGCAAAAUUUCAUAACAAUCGGUCCAAUGGUUAUUGAGAUGUCAUUGGAACAAGAAGAAAAUCGCCGUCAUGGAAAAUCCGACUGCGGCAAAUGUGUUUCGGGUGGUAAAAUCGUUUAACCCUCUAGUGCCCAAUGCCGCCUUUUAGCGGGCUUCAGUCAAACCUCUAAAAAGCUUCAAUAAGUACUGUUUAUAAUGAUUCAUAGUGAUUUUACCGACGCCCAUCUAGAAAUUAACUUGGACACUAGAGGGUUAAGGAGUCACAGCCAAUCGAGCGGCGGAAGGCCCGGAAAAUGUUGUAUUAUUUCAAGCCUAUUCCUAACCUCCCGAUUCACGGCGCAGCUCUAAAGGCAAACUGUUCUGCCUGGAUCGUUCAGACCAUGAAAUGAGAUGGGCUCCGCGUAUUCAAGGUCCGGAAGGCAUCGAACUGGCGUGAUAAACAUCAAGGCAGACGCAAAGCAGAUACUGGGGCUGGAGUUCCACGUUGCCACUUCACGGUUUGAUGUUCCAGAAGACAUAAGAAAGAAGAAAGUGGACUUUUGAUUCGCCAUGAAAUACUUGCUCUGGCGGUAAUCUGAGUAAACCGUACAUCACAACGAGUACCAUCAACAGUGAAAUUUACCGCACCGAGUGCCUCCAGGAGCGUCUGUUGCCCUUCCUGCGAUACCACGGAGGCGAGACAUUAUUUUGGCCGGUCCUGGCAUCAUGCCAUUACGCUCAAUCGGCGUUGGAUUGGUAUAGAGAAAAUAACGUAUCUUUUGUACCAAAAAACCGCCAGUGAAAUUCCCGGUUUUUUCCGGUUCCAAACAAUUCCCGGUUUUUCCCCGGUUCUCCCGGUUUUCCCGGUUGGUUGCCACCCUGUAGACCGUAAAGCGAUCACAGUUACCAUUUGGCAUCUUGUCAGGAGCUGAAGUUAUUGACGUUGAGAUAAGAUAGUUUUUUUGCACUGUAAUAGACUUUAGAAGUGUUUUCUGGUAUUAUAGGCAUAAUUUGGGAUUUCUGAGCUCAAUUCGAAAUUAUAUUCUUAUUUGGCGCUUUCUGCUUUUUUCGGUACUGUAAUUUUUUUUUUGUUACUGUUUCUGGCCUUUGAAGUAUUUUUAACUAAAUUUGGGAACAUUAUUUGUUGUUUUUUUUUUUCUCUAGCCUGACUAAAUAUAAUAUUUUGUGACCUUUCGUGUCAUUUCAUACGGUAUAAUAAAAAAACAUUUCAACGUUACACAGAAAUUUAUGUUGUUCGAUGAGCGAUUCUUAAAAAAAUGUGCUGAAAAACGUAUGGUUUUGUUUUUCUUCCAAUUUUCGAUUUACCUCUUCCGAAAUAAGCACUUAACAACAAAUAAACAAAAAAAGCCGCACGCUGCUUGCUGGUAAGCAUGUUUCGCGCGAUUCCGUGCCGGCCGGUUUGUUUUCAUUUUCUGCUGCACGAAUGAUUCGCUGUAUCACGCGAUUCGAAACGGGUCUGGUGUGGUGAAAACUACGGGGGGAAGCGUUUGCCGUCUAACGAUCGUACGAUACUUGACCCUAUCGUCGGCGGAAUCACGCGUCGCAGGUAACGGUCGAAAUUCCGCUCUUUUCUUCUUCAAUAUUUUACUAACCGGUUCUUCUGCUUUAUACGAUAUCGAUUGUCUAGAGUUCUGAUGAUACAAAAUUUGCUCUCU